AUGAAAGUCGAGGUCUCUGAGUUGGUCAGAGAGGCAGUUCGAUUUAAUUCCGGGAACACACCGCCAAGAGCGAUGCGGAGCAGAUUGGGCGUUGUGAAAUGGCGUGUACGCGGUUUGAGCGAGCGAAAGUUGAACACAUCCGCUAGAUGCUACCAGGCAGCCGAAAGCGGGGGUGACAUAGGAGGUAAUUUCCCUCAACGGCCUGGCCAAUGUCCGCUGCAAGGGCAACGAGCCAGGUCCACCCAUGCGGCUGUCGGCUCCGUCUUCGAAACCGUGUCUCCGUCGGUCAAGUCUUGGGAAGAGGUUCCAGGUCCCAAACCCUUACCGCUCCUUGGAAAUACGUGGCGCUUCGUGCCAUACAUUGGUGGCUACUCCGUAGAACAUGUGGACAAAACAUGCUUUUCGUCUUCGAUGCGGGCGAAGUGGAAAGGGUGUUCAGAGGAGAAGACACUGCGUCCGCACAGGCCAUCCAUGCCGUCGCUGAACUAUUACAAGCACACUUUAAGAAAAGACUUCUUCGGUGCCGAAAAGGAUUGUGCGGGAGUCAUUGCCGUUCACGGUGACCAAUGGGCCGCAUUCAGGACGAAAGUGUCCAAAGUGGCUUUGAGCACAAGCAGUGCUGCUCAGUAUACGGUUCCGGUAGCUGAGGUUGCCGAUGCUUUUGUUAACAGGAUUCGUAGUAUAAGAGAUGAAAAUUCAGAGACUCCAGGCGACUUCUUAAACGAAGUUCACAAAUGGUCCUUAGAGUCUUUGGGCCUGAUAGCAUUGGACACGCGGCUUGGUUGCUUCGAAUCCGUCGAAGGGUCCGAGGUGCAGCGACUCAUCGAUGCAGUACAUACUUUCUUCAUAAGCGUAGGCGAGCUCGAGCUGAGAGCGCCCUGGUGGCGGAUCUAUCCCACGGCCAUGUUCAGAAGAUACGUGGCCGCUUUGGACACAAUUCUUAGCGUCACCUUGACCCACGUGGAGCGGGCAUUAAAAGAGUGCGAAGCUAGCGGAAGCAGCAAGUCCCUGCUGCAGGACUUGGUGUCCGCGGCGGGCUCUAGGGUUGCUGCUGUGGCGGCCCUAGAUCUCUUCCUAGUGGGAAUCGAUACGACGUCGAACGCCGUGGCAUCUACGCUGUACCAAUUAGCCUUACGUCCACAAGUCCAAGAAAGGCUGCACGAAGAAAUAACGAAGGUCCUUCAAGGCAGACCUUUAGCACCUGGAGAUAUUAACCAGAUGCCCUAUUUGAAAGCCUGCGUUAAGGAGGUACUAAGAAUGUUUCCCGUCGUGAUUGGCAACGGCAGACAGCUGUCGAAGGAUACUGUGAUUUGUGGCUACAACAUACCAAAGGGUACCCAGGUGAUCUUCCAGCACUACGUUAUGGGCAAUUCGGAGGAGUACUUCUCUGAUGCGUCAGAGUUCCGACCAGAGCGGUGGAUCCAGCGCUCCACCUACAAGCAUCAUGCAUUCGCCUCCCUGCCUUUCGGCUUCGGAAAGAGGAUGUGCCUCGGCAGGCGUUUCGCAGAACUGGAAAUGCAUAUAGUGCUUUGCAAGAUUGUGCAAGCCUUCAAAAUGGAGUACCAUCAUCAACCAUUGGAUUACCAUAUACACCCUAUGUAUACUCCAAAUGGACCUCUCAGAUUGAAACUCGUUGAUAGA